AUGACAGUGAAGAAGACUCAGGCUGUGCAGGAUGGAAGUGCCAAGGAGAACGUGCUGCAGAGGGUCCUGCAGCUGCCCGUGGUGAGCUCGACCUGCGAGACGCUGCAGCGCAAGUACAGCAGCACCAAGGAGUCACACCCGCUGAUGGCCUCGGUGUGCGAGGUGUACGAGCGGGGCGUGCAGGGCGCCGGUGCCCUGGCUAUGUGGGGCAUGGAGCCCGUGGUGCGCCGGCUGGAGCCGCAGUUUGCUGUGGCCAAUAACCUGGCUUGCCGUGGCUUGGAUCACCUAGAGGAGAAGAUCCCUGCCCUGCAGUACCCCGUCGACAAGCUCGCAUCUGAACUGAAGGACACCAUCUCCUGCCCCCUGCAAAGUGCCAAAAGCACCAUUGGCAGCUCCGUGGAUAAGAUCAGGGAGCUGGCAGCGGAGGGCUAUGAGGCCACCAAGAGCACAGUGGAAACAACCGCCAAGUACACAAGGAAAAACUCAGUGACCCAGAUGGCAGCCGCGGGGGUUGACACAGCCCUGGGAGGGCUGGAGAAGCUGAUGGAAUACCUGCUGCCAGAGGAGGAUGAAGAAGCAGAUAAGAAGCCCAAAAAGAAACAUCUAUCAACACCAAAGGCCUCCCAGCACACUCCCAGUGCUCCCAGCACCCUGGGCCGGAUUGGUGCUUUGGUCAGCACUGUGUCCCACCGCGCUUACCAGCAAACCACCCAAAGCCUCCAGCGUGCCAAAACCAAAGGGCAGGAGCUGGCCUCCUGGAUCCCCAUCCUGGGAAGCCUGGCCAAGCCGAGUGCCCCUGUGGCCCCUCAGCCCCGCAGUGAUGGGCAGGGCAGUGCAGGUUGGCCGACCGGGCGCCAGAGCAAGGCACCGGAGCAGAAGCAGGAGAAGGCAGGGAAGAAAGACACCAGCCACGCCAAGGCGGGACAGGACCCUGGGCUCGUGAGCAGCAUGGCUCACAACCUGCAAACCGCCUGUGCCUCCGGCAUCUCCAGUGUGAAGAAGGUCCCGGCCGUGGCCUGGGAUGCAGCAGAGGGCUUGAUCCUCUUCACCCCGCGCAGACUGUCCAGGGCCAUGGAGACAGUGGAUGCUCUCGGGGGGACCCUCGUCAGUGCCCCUAAGCAUCUGCUGGGCACCCUGUACAGCUAUGUGCCGCUCCGCAGGCAGUCAGUGAAGGAAGAAGAAUCAUCCAGGGGCAGCAAGACUGACAUGGAGAAGAAAGAGAAGAAGGAGGAAGAGGAGGAGACCAAGCCUGCUGCUGCCUCCACUGAGGAGAAAUCCCAGCUGAGGAGUGACUGGAGGCAGUACCGUGGCCAUCACCCCCUGUCCUUCCUGGGGCUCGAGGAUCCCCUCUUCCUGCGGCACAACUACUACCGCAGCCCUGCCUUCGACCCCGACUACCCAUUCCCACGGAAAUCCGCCUUCUCCCCCUACAACAGGCGGGUGAGCGAGGGCUCCUACCGCUUCAGCCCCGAGUCCAUGUACAGCCGGGCCUACUAUGGCAACUUCUACAGUCCUGUCUUCAAGAAGGACUGA